AUGACGACUCCUGGCGUCCCUGUCGACCUGUAUUCGUACUGCCUGCUCUUGCAGAGCGAAAUUACUCGCCUCACCGACCGUCUCGACCGUCUUGAGUAUGGUACGCCUGCUCCACCCCCUGCUCCCCCUUCCCCUGGUCCUACAUUCCACGGUGUCUGGGACGGCAGUCGCUGGGUUCUUCCAACAAUCCCGGCCCCUACCCCUGCCGUCAUCGCUGCGGCCCACACUUCCAUACCACUUGCCGAAACCUUCCCCCUACUGCGCCCGACACUGUCACGCGCUUCUCUUGUACGCUUGUGGUGCCUGACUCGGCUGUCGGGCAUAUCGUGGGUCGUGGCGGCAAGGGUCUCCACCAAGCUCAUGACACUUCUGGUGCUCAGUCUGCGCGUACUCUGA